GGAGGAGCAGUGGGGUGGAGCUGGAGCGAGCACCUCUGCGUCUCAGGUGCAACGGUGGAAUGCUAAAACAUAGCCAUGAGCGAGGAGCCUUGGGUCUGAGUCACGCCGGGUGCUGGGAAGCCCAGCGGAAGGAGCGGAUCCUCCGUGUGCCUGGUGCUCCCAGUGGGAUGUGACAAAAGACAUGAAAUCAGGGAGAGAGAAAUGAUGAUUCUGGAAUUUGGCUCUGGCUGUCACGGGUGACGAAAAGCACCGGCAACGCCUCCUGCCCGGGCUAUAAAGGGCUCCAGGCCAGGGGGGAGCCAGCACUCGCUGCCUGCGCUGCCGAGCCUCUGCCUCUCUGCAGCCCUACAGCCUCCAGCAGCCUCGGCCAUGAGCACCACUGUCAGGCAGUACUCCUCCUCCAUGUCCCUCAAGGGGCCCGGGGGCCUGGCUGGGGGCUCCACCAGGCUCUCCUCCGUGCGGGGGAGCACCGGCGGGUACAGAGCCCCCAGCGUCCACGGAGGCUCUAGCAGCUACUCCGUCUCUUCCCGCAUGGUCUCAGGCUUCGGGGGUGGCUAUGGGGGCAGCUACUGCAGCAGCGUAGGAGGGGGCCUCGGCGCUGGCUUUGGGGGCACCUAUGGGGCUGGCUUUGGGGCUGGCCUUGGAGCCGGCUUUGGAGCUGGCUUUGGAGGCGGCGAUGGCAUCCUCCAGGCUGGCGAGAAGGAGACGAUGCAGAACCUCAACGACCGCCUGGCUGUCUACCUGGACAAAGUGCGUGCCCUGGAGGAGGCCAACACUGACCUGGAGGUCAAGAUCAGGGAAUGGUACAAGAAACAGGCACCUGGUCCCGAGCGUGACUACAGCCCCUACUACAGGACCAUCGAGGAGCUCAGGAACAAGGUCCUGGUGGCCACAGUGGACAAUGCUAACUUGCUCCUGCAGAUUGACAACGCCAGGCUGACAGCUGAUGACUUCAGGACCAAGUUUGAGACGGAGCAGGCUCUGCGCCUCAGUGUGGAGGCCGACAUCAACGGCCUGCGCAGGGUCCUGGAUGAGCUGACCCUGGCCAGGGCGGACCUGGAGAUGCAGAUCGAGAACCUGAAGGAAGAGCUGGCCUACCUCAAGAAGAACCACGAGGAGGAGAUGAAUGCCCUGCGCGGGCAGGUGGGCGGCGAGAUCAGCGUGGAGAUGGAUGCUGCCCCUGGAAUUGACCUCACCAAGAUCCUGGCUGAGAUGCGGGAGCAGUACGAGAGCCUGGCGGACAAGAACCGCCGGGAUGCUGAGCAGUGGUUCUUCAGCAAGACGGAAGAGCUGAACCGGGAGGUGGCCAUCAACACGGAGCAGCUUCAGAGUGGCAAGACAGAGAUCACGGAGCUGCGCCGCACCAUCCAGAGCCUGGAGAUCGACCUGCAGUCCCAGCUCAGCACGAAAGCGGCGUUGGAGAGCACCUUGGCUGACACAGAAGCCCGCUACGGCACCCAGCUGGCCCAGCUCCAGGGGCUCAUCACCAGCGUGGAGGAGCAGCUGGCUGAGCUGCGGUGCGACAUGGAGCGCCAGAACCAGGAGUACAGGGUCCUGCUGGACGUCAAAUGCCGCCUGGAGCAGGAGAUCGCCACGUACCGCCGGCUGCUGGAGGGCGAGGAUGCCCAGUACGUAGAAGGGCUUUGAUGGGAGGGCAGGAGAUGGGGAUUAGCGAAGAAAUAGAAAACGAACCACCUGCAUUCCCUGGAGGAUCCUGUGAGCCCCUCUCCUGACACGUGGAGUGCAACAGGGUCUCCCUUUUUGGUCAUACAAGUCUAGAACAGCCCAGGGGUUAUCACAGCACUGCAGCAUCCCUGGGAUCCAUCCCCAUCCCUCCAGUGUCUGUGUGAUCCUGGGGAAGGAGCAGGUACCAGUGCUGCUUAUUGCAGCUGCCUUUGUGUCUGAGUCACUGUGGCACACACGUUUCCUUCUCGUUUCCUUCCUUACCAUUUUGACAGUAGGCCCUUCUCAGAGGCAUUUUAAUCACAUGGCGGUACAAGAAGAAAAGUCAGGGGGGUAAAUAAUGAUUUUGUCUCAGAUUACUGAGUUUUUCCCCUUUUUCUGACCACUCUUUCUCUUUUCUCCUCCUGUAGCAUGUCUUCUCACUUGAAAGAAGGUAAGAACAUGUCUUGGCUGAAGCACUGACCACAAAGAGCUCUGUCACAUCCUUAGUGACCUUCUUAGCACAGUCUUUUUACUAAUUUGCUAAAAUCACUGUUUCAUUACGUUUUCAAAACAUGAAUUGACAUAAACCACUGAGGAUUUGCCAAAACAUGUUUCAGAAGUUCCUCUGUGCAGACUGGAACUAUGUAAUGAAGCGUGUAGGGGUAGGAACGUGGUGGUGAUGCUGGGUUUCUAAGGCAGCUGUUGGUAAUAACACGGAGAUCUUUAAGACGCUUGCUCCUUGGAUCCCUGUAAAUAAUGGUUCCUUCCUUCUCCACUGCAGUGCCGGUCACCACCCGCCAGAUCCGCACCAUCUUUGAGGAAGUCCAGGAUGGGAAGGUGAUCUCCUCCCGUGAGCAGAUCACCCAGGCAGCCCACUGAGGCGGCUGCAGGCUCGCUGCAGACCUCGCCCAGCAAAGCCAAAGGAGAUUCCAGCUUCUGUGCUCCGGCUCUGAGAUCACAAAAAGCAGCUUCUCUUUUCUCACAUCCACUGCCCUCCCCCUUUCUCACAGCGCUUACGAAUCAAAUAAAGCUCUUCUUCACACUCGUGCAAA